AUGUCAUUGUACAGGGGCUUCACGGGCUACGCCGCAGCCAGUGGUCGAUUGUUGCUUCAACGCUGUUUUCGGAUGUGUGCUGGAGAAACCCACCCCCUUUCCGGGACCGAGACCGGGCCUCGGCGGGCUCGUCUCCCACAAAGCUGCAGGGGCCCACUCGAUUUCCCUACCGACGGCACUCAGAAAGAACAGAAAGAACGGCCACCAUCGUACCGGUAG